AUGGAUCUAAUUGAGACAAAUAACUUUUUUAUAAUCGUCAACGGAAGUCAAGCAUUAUAUUGUGAUCGCCUUGUUGGGAAGCUUACUAUAAGACACGCAUCUGACGUAUUCAACGAAUGGAAUCCUGUUUGCUUGGGGAAAAUUGACGGCGUCAUCGGAAAAAUCCGUUAUCAUUCAGAUAGCGAUUGGAGAUUAUUCUUAAUUAGCGCAAGUAAAUCUGUUGGUAUAUUACCUGAUGGCUUGGAAGUACGUCGAAUUAGUCGUGUAACAGUAUUAGUCUUGAACACUACUCCACUUGGUGACCUUAAUUUAAAUUCAUGUACACGUUCUCAUCCAGAAAUUCCAAAGAAAACCACCAAACCAACAAUACAAAACAUUCCCCAACGUCCUUUUAUGAGACUAAUGCAAAAACAUGUCAUACCUCCUGACACUAGAAAUCCAAGAUGGAGAAUACUUAAACGGAAAGAGAAAUAUGAGCAACGUAUUGAAGAGGAGUUAAUCAAUAUGCUUCAAUCUGAAGAUGAAUCCUACUUCUAUUUUUCCCCCGGUGGAGGUGAUCUUACCAAUUGGACCCAACGUAAAACACACCCAUCUUAUUGGAAUGGUGUACCUGUAAAUACUGAUGAUCUUUUAACUGAUAAUACUACCAGUGAAGAACAAUCAUACUACUCUUCAAAACAAUUUAAACCUGUUUGGCAUCAACCUGUUUGGAGACGUGCUGAUGAAAGAUUCUUCUGGAAUUUUUAUUUAAUAUCCCAACCAAUUAUUGAAGCAGAUCGUAUGCUUACAACAUGCGGUUUUCCAGCCUACGGUUCUAAUUUCAAAUCUUCUGAAUCUCUAACUCAAUUCAAUAGCUUAGUAACUGAUUUAGAAGGUCUGUUAAUGCCUAUUGUUCAAGGUUAUGUACACUUUGAAGAGCUCAUUUUAGACCGACUUCAAGGUCAUCUCCAAGUGAAUGUCAUAAAGAAAACAAAAGAAUUUACUGAAAAACCAAACAGUGAUUUACCUUUAAUAGGUGUAGAAUUUUUAAAUAAUUCCGUAAAUACAAACUCAAAUGAAGAAGACCAAAUAAAUAUAAUUGGUUUAAACGAUCAAUCCACAAUCGAUGCUCGAGGAGGCAGAACAGCACACCACUUACAGCCAUUCACUUAUAUUAAUGAUAAUGUUGAUAUCAGUGUUAAACAAGACGUAGAAUUCGAUUCAUUAGUCUUCUCAUCUAUACCAUCGUUUUCAUCAUCAUCAACAACACCAACACCAGGCACGGAAAGAAAACAAUCACCUUCAAUAAUAAAAUUGUCACAAUCGAAUAGUUUGAUGGAUAUUUCAAAUGGCAAAAUAAAUAAAUUAGUCGAUAUAACGACACUGACAAAUGGCGGUAAUUCCAUAACAGAAAAUACUAUUGAAACUGUUUGUCUUAAUACUCGUAAUAUGGCAAGUUCAAAUAAUAAUUUAUCGUCGAAAAAUAAUCCAUAUGAUAGUAAUAAUAUAAAUAAGAAUUCUAGUCAUAAUCAUCUAAAGCCAAUGAUCAUUAGAGAUAUGGAACAUGUUACAGUAAUAAUAUUUUCACGUCGUAGCUGCUAUCGAGCUGGUACUCGUUAUAGACGUCGUGGAAUUGAUAUGAAUGGUCAUGUGGCUAAUUAUGUUGAAACAGAACAAAUUUUGCAUACAGAUAUCGGUCAAUUUCCACACACAGUUGUAUUUCUCCAAUGUCGUGGAUCUGUGCCACUUUACUGGAGUCAAACAAGCUUAGUGUACAAUCCACCCAUACUUUUAGAGAAAUCACAAACUGAAAAUCAAGAAGCAUUCAAUAAGUAUUGGUCAAGACAUUUUCAGGAAUUUGAACGUAUACUCAUCGUGAAUUUAUUAAGUUCUGGACGUAAACAUCGUGAAACUAUAUUAACCGAUGCAUUUUUACGUCAUAUUCUAUUAUCGAAAAAUGAACAAUUAGCUUAUAUAGGCUUUGAUUUUCAUGAUUUUUGUCGAAAUUCUCAAUUUCAAAAUGCUUCAGUUCUUUUAUCCGGUAUUGACGAUUUAUUUCGUAAUUUUAAAUAUUGUUGGGUUACUCAUAAUGGUGUAAUAUGUGAACAGAGAUGGUUAUUUCAUGUGAACUGUUUAGAUUGCUUAGAUCGUACAAAUUUAGUUCAAUGUAUGUUCGCUGUUGUCAUGAUUACAAAUCAGUUGAAAAAAAUUGGUUUAUUAGGCCCGGAGGAAUGUUUACCCACUGAAUUUCUACGCGCAGUUCAACAUAUGUGGGCAACAAAUGGCGAUGCUAUCAGUCGAAUUUAUGCAGGGACGAGUGCAAUGAAAGGUGAUUAUACGAGAACUGGUUCACGAACAGUAAAUGGUCUAAUGCGUGAUGGUGUUUAUUCAGUUAGUCGUUAUUAUUUACGUCUUCGUGAAAUUACUCGUCAAGCUGCGAUUGAUUUAUUUAUCGGAAAUGAACAAAGUCCUGAACUAAUCAUGCUCUGCAAUGGUUCCGGUUUAGAAUCGUCAUCGUUACAAGUUCGAGAAGAACGUAUUAAACUGUUGAUUAGUCGAUGUCAAGAACUUUUGAUUCAAUCAGAUGAGAAAUAUUUCGCUGAAUGUUUACUUGUAUCAUAUUCUGAAUUUAUUCGUGGUAUGGCUUAUGUGAAUACGGUUGUUCUAAUAACCGAUAAAUAUAUACACUUCAUAAGAACAGAUUUUAUUAACAGAAAUAAUCGUCCAGCUUACAUUCGAAUACCUUUGUUGUCAAUAGAACGACUUGAGUUGGGAUUGGAACCAGCUAUUUUUCGACCAAAAAAUUUUGUUUUGAGAAUAUUUUAUAAAGUUCCAGAUGAAAAUUCAAUUCAAAAGUCAACUUCUAUGGAUAUGAAUUCUCAGCAAACACCUUUUCAAUCGUCGGAUUUAAAUUCAUCGUCACUUUUGAAGCAAAUCGAAUCGUCAAAUAUUGCUAAUUCGAGUCACAUUGACCGGAUGUCUCGAGCAGAUGUUUUAUUUGGUCGUAUUGCUCAUGUCUCCACUACGAGUUUCAUCGGUAAUGAAAAUAAAAUAAACACUGGUCAACUCAAGUCGAUACUUCCAAUCGGUCGUUCAAAUUCAGAAGGGCGUUGCUCAGAACAUGAAAGAGAUGUAAGUAGUGGGGGUUGUGCUGCUACUGUUGCCCGUGAUAACAAUAGCUCUGGAAUUCGUAAUUUCAAACAGGCAAUUAAAAUACCCAAGACUACGUAUCAUUUUCUUGAAUUUCUUCAACCAGAUACAAGACUUUUCAACAAAGUUUUAGUUCCUGUUCCACCGGGUGAUGAAACAUUACAAGCAUUAAGAGUCGUAGCGUCAACAAUCAUUAUAUCACUUCAUUCCGCCGGUAAUAAUUUAGAGUUGAUUGAAACGAAACCGCCAAUCAAAUUGCAACGUUUACGUCAGGCUAAUUUACCCAAAGCAUAUCAACCUCCAGUUGAUUUACAGACACUUGGAUCUGGUUUACGUGCAAUGGGUAGACGACGAGAAUCUCAAACUAGUCUACGUGGUAGACAUCGAAUGUCUAGAACAAGUUCAAUUCAUAAUUCAGUACCAGAUACUCAUGGCAUAACAGUAGUCAAUUCAAAUAUCAAUACAAAUGAUAAAAACCAAAUAUCAUUUUCAAAACUUAAUGGAAACUUAAUUAAACAAAGAUUAAAACAAAUUAAGCUUCCCAAGUUACCAUUUAAUUUUGGUCGAAAUAUGAGAUCAACAUAUGAGCAAGGUGGAAAUGAAGUACCAAUAGUUCCGGAAAAUGUUAACAAUACAAAACAAGUCAGAGAUGAAUCGAUUUCAGAGACUAUAGAUUGUAGAGGACUCUGUUCACCAAAGUUCAAGUUAAAACAUAACAAAAAUGAUAUAUACAAUAAAGAUGAUGAUCAUGAAGACGAAGAUGAUGAUGAUGAAAUAGAUGAAGAAACUGAAGACACUGAUAAUAGUGAUUGUAUUGAUGAUGAGACCGAUAUUGAAUUAACUGACGACGAUCCAGCAUCCGAAGAUAAUCAAUCAAAGAACAGACUUUCAAUGUUUUAUCAAGAGUCGAAAUUUCCUAGGUUUAGACGAUCAAUUCAUCAUAACAUAAAUGAGUCAUUUACGCGAAAACAAAUUAUGGCAUCACAGCUAUUUAAAUCGCUCACAGAAUCAGGAGCACACUACAAACAAUAUUCACAAUCAGAACCUGAUUUAUGUAAGAAAAUUCCAGUAUUACUAUCAUUAUCAUCAACAUCUUCAUCUUUCAAUGAUUUAUCAGGCAGUCAUUUUCGUCAAGAGCAACAAUCAAAAAUGUUGUACAAACCACGAAAAAAGUUAAUGCGAGAAUCAUAUAGAGCUAUGAAUAAAUCUAAAAUUUCAUUGGAAUUAAAUCGGUUUCCAAAUGUUGAAGACAGUGAAAGUGAGUCAAUAAUAGUCGCAAACGUUGUACCACAAGUUUUUAUGCAUGAAAUGAAUCUAACCACAAAUGAAAAACAAUUGAAUCUAGAAUCUGUUACUUUAGAACAAUUAUUAUAUGGAAUUAGAUUUAAAGGUGAUAGUAUUGGAAAUAUUAAUGAUACUUGUACUGAACAAUAUGAUAAUAGUGGUAAUGAUCAAAUAAUCUCAUUUGAUUACCUUACUAAUAAUAUUGUCUAUGAAAGAUUAAAACAUUUAUUUAAAGAUUAUACUCAAACAAAUAUUAUGAAAUGUAUAUUAUACUCUGAAUAUAUUAAUAGUAACAAUAAUAAUAAUAACAAUACCAUUAGUCCUUCUAUGAUUUCAUCUUCCAACAUUACAACUCCGUCUAUGGAUCAAUCAGUUAUUUAUAAAGAUAAUGAUCUAUACGAAUUACUACAACACGUCUAUUUACCAGAGAUUGAUUUGUUUAAAAGUCCAAAAUUAACUAUAAAAUUAGAACGUAAACAAAUCUAUUCACUUAUUCAAUUGAAUCAUAUACGUCGUGAAUUAUUCAUGUUUAAUAAUAAUGAUGAUGAAAAUGAAAAAUCUCAAUGGAAACAAUUAAGAAUGAUCUAUUCAUCAUUUAUUCUAUUUUAA